ACACACAUGUGGCUGCGGAGACCGGAUCCUUCAUAGGAGUUAUCAAGAGGUCAGGGACAGCUAGGUUGCUGGUUCAAGCGAGUCCGUGUAUGGGCCUGUGUUUAGUGUCCCAAUAGGAUGUCCCGUCAUGAAGGUGUGAGCUGCGACGCGUGUUUGAAAGGUAACUUUCGGGGGCAGCGGUACAAGUGUUUAAUUUGCUACGACUACGACCUGUGUGCCUCGUGCUACGAGGACGGAGCCACGACCACCAGGCACACGGCAGAGCACGCCAUGCAGUGUAUACUAACCAGGGUCGACUAUGACCUGUAUUAUGGGGGAGAGUCCUUCUCGGUGGAGCAGCCCCAGGCUUUCACCUGUCCCUACUGUGGCAGGAUGGGCUACACAGAGACUUCCCUACAGGAGCACGUGACUGCAGAGCACACAGAGACCUCCUCAGAGGUGAUCUGUCCCAUAUGUGCUGUGCUGCCUGGCGGAGACCCUAAUCACGUGACGGACGACUUCGCUGCUCAUCUCACACUUGAACACAGAGCACCCAGAGACUUGGAUGAGUCGAGCGGUGUGCGUCACGUGCGUAGGAUGAUCCACCCGGGUCGGGGUCUAGGGGGGCAGCGGGCCCGUCGAUCCAACAUGCACUUCACCUCGUCAACCUCCGGGGGGAGCUCUACCACACAGACCUCUACACAGAGCUCCAACUACAACAGGGAGGCCAUGGAUCCUAUAGGAGAGCUGCUGUCCCAGUUGUCAGGGGUGCGUAGAUCGGCGGGCAGCCAGCUGAGUUCGGGUCCGUCAGCCUCCCAGCUGCAGCAGCUCCAGAUGCAGCUCCAGGUGGAUUGGCAGCAGACCCAGGCUACCAGACGGCAGUUGGAGACGGCCCGGGGCACCUCGCAACGCGGCAGCCGCAGCUCCAACCACGCAGGGAAUCACAACGCCAACCCUGGCUCCAACUUCUUCAACAACCUUAGUCCCAACCCGGAGCAGCAGGAGCCCAACACACAGAGCAACACCUCCCAGUUCCUUCUCAACCGACUGAGUGAGCCGAGGUUGUCAGAGGCGGAACACCAGCUAUGUGAGGGCCAGUGGGCGGACCGCUCUCUCUUCGUCACGGAGCUCCUCCUCUCCACCCUGCUGGCCAAUCCCGGCCACAGCGAAGACGACGACGAUCUCCGUGACUACCACGAUGCCGUGACGCGGGGCUCGGAUGCCUUCGCCGCCUUCGAAGAUAUGGGCUGCGUUGGGGUCAUGACCCUAGACGUGGCUCUGCAGAACCUCAACCUCCGAGAACUGAGGAACGAGCAGCAUCCUCCGGCGUUGCCGUAGCAACCACUACGAAGUUGGGGGGGGGGUUGUCAUCUCAUCUGUCACCCCCCCCCCACACCACAUUCUAUUACAAUGUGUACAUGACAGGACACAGAAUGUGAACGUGAGAGAGCGAGUGUUGUGAGCAAGGGGAAAUUGAACAAUUUAUAAUACAUCUAUAUAAAUGUUUAUGAAAGAAAGCGGAUAAUCAACACCACAUGAAGCCGUGUUUGACCGCUUGGCCCCCAGCAGGUGAACGUAGGUCAGAUAGAUGGGUAGGUAGCAGCUUGAUCAUUUAUUAUCAUAAAGUAGUGCACAGACACACAACAGGACAGACAGACAGAGGGAAGAUCUCAAUUGCAUACUCCUUGUCCCCUAUUCCUUAAAACCCAGUGGGUUUUAGGGAGACGUCUUCCCAGAUUCUCUCCGCCUACGCCUCUGUGUUCCUGGAUAUUUAAACCCAGUGGGUUUUAGGGAGACGUCUUCCCAGAUUUUCUCCUCCUACGCCUCUGUGUUCCUGGAUAUUUAAACCCAGUGGGUUUUAGGGAGACGUCUUCCCAGAUUUUCUCCUCCUACGCCUCUGUGUUCCUGGAUAUUUAAACCCAGUGGGUUUUAAGGAGACGUCUUCCCAGAUUCUCUCCUCCUACGCCUCUGUGUUCCUGGAUAUUUAUCAAAACCUACUUUGAUGGUUUGCCACAACAAACGUUGGCACGUCCAGAUUGUUCACAACUGUGUUCCCUCUUCUCAACUACAGUCACUGUUCCAUAUUAAAGUGCUAUCACAAAUCGGGGAGUCGGGUAUCAUCGCAGAGAUGUUUUAACUCCUAUAGGAUCGCAUAUGUGUGUUCGGUCUAUGGCUAAUCUUCCUAACCUGCUCUGUCAAUUAUAGGGGCUGUUUUUUAUUUUUAUUUUUUGUUCUACACAAAUGAUUCACUCCUCAGAGACUGUUGAUUGGAUGGUUUAGUUCCUACCGCGUGUCUGACAUCACUCCUCAGAGACUGUUGAUUGGAUGGUUUAGUUCCUACCGCGUGUCUGACAUCACUCCUCAGAGACUGUUGAUUGGAUGGUUUAGUUCCUACCGCGUGUCUGACAUCACUCCUCAGAGACUGUUGAUUGGAUGGUUUAGUUCCUACGGCGUGUUUGACAUCACUUACUCCUCAGAGACUGUUGAUUGGAUGGUUUAGUUCCUACCGCGUGUUUGACAUCACUUACUCCUCAGAGACUGUUGAUUGGAUGGUUUAGUUCCUACAGCGUGUUUGACAUCACUUACUCCUCAGAGACUGUUGAUUGGAUGGUUUAGUUCCUACGGCGUGUUAGACAUCACUUACUCCUCAGAGACUGUUGAUUGGAUGGUUUAGUUCCUACGGCGUGUUUGACAUCACUUACUCCUCAGAGACUGUUGAUUGGAUGGUUUAGAUCCUACCGCGUGUUUGACAUCACUCCUCAGAGACUGUUGAUUGGAUGGUUUAGUUCCUACGGCGUGUUAGACAUCACUCAGAGACUGUUGAUUGGAUGGUUUAGUUCCUACGGCGUGUUUGACAUCACUUACUCCUCAGAGACUGUUGAUUGGAUGGUUUAGUUCCUACGGCGUGUUUGACAUCACUCCUCAGAGACUGUUGAUUGGAUGGUUUAGUUCCUACCGCGUGUUAGACAUCACUUACUCCUCAGAGACUGUUGAUUGGAUGGUUUAGUUCCUACGGCGUGUUUGACAUCACUUACUCCUCAGAGACUGUUGAUUGGAUGGUUUAGUUCCUACCGCGUGUUUGACAUCACUUACUCCUCAGAGACUGUUGAUUGGAUGGUUUAGUUCCUACAGCGUGUUUGACAUCACUUACUCCUCAGAGACUGUUGAUUGGAUGGUU